AUGCAACGAGUAGUUUACCAACCUGAUCAAAUUGAAAACAAAACUAAUUCAGCUUCGCUAGUUAAUUAUUUGGAAGGUGUGAUCGGCGACGAAAUUAUUCUUAACUCCUUUAUCCGGGAUUUAAAAAUAAUUAGCACCACUCCGACGCACGUUUUAAUUGAAUUCAACCGCGAAGUCGUUCAAAUAGCCCAAAAAAUCAUCGCCCACGUGGGACGGUUUUCGCCUUUCUACGUUAGUUCAAAAUCGGGAUUAGGCAAAACUCAUUUACUCCACGCAAUUGCCAACCAAGCUAUCUUAAGUGGUAACUCGGUUAUCUACAUUGAACCCAAUAAAUUUACCCGGGAUGUCACCCAAAUUAUUCGUAAAAAUCAAGACAUUAUCAGUUUUACCGAAAGUUUUUUGAAGUACGACUACUUGCUUUUUGAUGAUAUCCAAAACUUGGGUGAUCGCAACAUAACACUCGGAGUGUUGUUUAACAUCAUCAACCGACAAAUUGAGGAACAAAAACAAAUUGUGAUCUGUUCCGACAAAUUGCCCAACGAGUUGCAUGGUUUUGAAGAAAGGUUUAUUAGUCGAUUUUCUUCGGGUAUAUCCUCCAUUAUUCAAGAACCAGAAAUUGACGAUUUGAUCAAAGUUUUGGAAUUUAAAAUUGAGCAGGAAAAUCUUAACCCCCAGCAGUGGGAAAAAGAUGCCAUUCGCUUUAUCGCCCAAAAUAACGCCUAUUCAAUUCGUUCGUUGGAAGGAGCGGUUAAAAGAGUUUUAUUUUUUGCCGAAAGCAACUCUAAAAUCAAGUAUACCUACACCGUUAUAAGUAACAUUUUCAAAGACUUAGGUGGUGACUUAAUUGAAAUGACACCUUUGAGAGUUUUAAAUGUAAUUUGUGAUUACUACAAAAUUAACCGCAAAGAUUUGGUUGGAAAAUCCCGCAAGAAAAACUUUGUGGCAGCUCGACACAUGGCGAUUUGA